AUGGACUUCAUGGGUGUGUGGGCAGCCAUGGAAGAGCCAUGGAAGAAUGGUCCUUUUUGGGCAGCAAUCAUGUUUUGGAAAGCAAAGUUCUUCGAGACAUUGCUGAGGCUCGGGGAAGGACGGUUACUCAGGGAAAUUAGUUUUAAGUAA